AUGUCCAUUGACUCGAUGAUGCCAUCCUACCAUUGCAUCCUCUAUCAACCCCUUCUCCUCCUGCCUUCAAAAUUUCCCAGCAUCAGGGUCUUUUCUUAUGAGUCAGAUCUUCCCAUUAGGUGGCCAAAGUAUUGGAGCUUCAGCUUCAACAUCAGUCCUUCCAAUGAAUGUUCAGGACUGAUCUCCUUGAAGAUUUGGACUUCAAAUCUGGACUGGUUUGAUCUCUUUGAAGUCCAAGGGACUCUCAAGAGUCUUCUCCGACACCACAGUUCAAAAGCAUCAAUUCUUCUGCACUCAGCGUUAUGGUCCAACUCUCAUAUGUAUAUAUGA